GACAGCACUGACCGGCCUUUUCAGCUGAGUCCGUCAGCAGGGUAGUACCAGCCGCCCUACAGCAGAGAAACGAUCCUAUACAAUCCUGCAAAAUGAUUAUCUUCAAGGACAUCCUCACCGGCGACGAGAUGUUUUCGGACAUCUACAAAAUCCAAGAGACCGACAUGAUGUACGAAGUUGAGGGAAAGAUGGUGACAAGAUCGGGGGAUGACAUCGACGAUGCUCUGAUCGGUGGCAACGCGUCGGCUGAGGGUGGUGACGAGGGCACAGAGAACAGCCAGGUGUCGGGCAUUGACAUCGUCCUGAACCACAAGCUCCAGGAGAUGCCCCCCAUGGACAAGAAGGCUUUCCUCGUCUAUGCCAAGGACUACAUGAAGGCAGUGAAGAGCAAGCUGGAGGAGGAGAACCCCGGCCGAGUGGAGGAGUUCAUGAAGGGAGCCCCGGCAGAGGUCAAGAAGCUGGUCGGCAGUCUUAAGGAUUUACAGUUCUUCUCUGGAGAGUCCCAGAACCCCGACGGCUGCUUGGGAUUCCUCAACUUCAGAGAGGACGGCAUCACGCCCUUCAUGCUCUUCUUCAAGGACGGGCUGGAGAAGGAGAAAUGCUGAAUUUCCAAAAUGGUGUCCAGUUGUCUGCUCGUUUCCAGUUGGCUGUGGUGACUGACAACCCCAUAUCUUGUCACUCCCACCAUUUCAUCAUCUGCCUGGACUAGAUGCUUUUUUCUUUUUUUUUAAAGGACUGAAAAUUAACAGUGAACAAUUUUUUUCUUUUGUUUCACCUGCUAAAGACCUCUUGGGAGGUCUUUUAAUGGUAGAUUCCACUUUUUCCCCCUUCCCUCAAGAAGAGGCCAAGUGCACAGUGAAUCUCUACAAAGCCAGUCUCCAAGCCCAUCUGUUUUACAACUUUGAAGUCACUGGGAAGGCACUGGCCAACAUUGUUUACCAUCAUUGCAUCAGUUUUCGCCCCCUCUUCCCUGCAUCCGAGAAAAAUCACGGGAUUGUAUAGGAAAUUCUUCACACCAUUUCUUAAAUUACAUUCGAACUGCUGGCUGAAGGUAUUUUUAUGGCUGCACUUAUGUACUCAUAGGUGGCUGGCAUGAAAACAGCUACUAAAAUAAAAUGACCACGUCAAAGCAACAAAUAAAGUGUACCAACAAAAAAAAGUGA